AUGCAAAAGCUCGUGCUUUCCGUCCUGUUCAUCGUCCUCUGCUGCAGCCCGGCCACCGCGUACAACGUGAGACUUUUCAGGGUGACGCGAGGCGAGAAUAUGAUGCUGCGCGCGUUGGCCGAGCCAUCGUUGGACAGCUUCGACACCCACUGGAAGCGACACCCGCAAAACUUUGACGUUGCACAGAAGACGGCCCCAUUCGUGCAGCGACAAACGUCUCGGAUCUGCUUCCUGUCGCCCGUCCAAUGCCAGAUGCCGAUCCUGAGGAGGAAG